CGCUGUGAGGAGACGGGAGCUGCCCAUGGAGCCGGAGGAAGAGGAGGAGGAGGAAGAGCGCGUCCUUCCUAUUGCCACAACUCCACCACAUCCCAGCUGGAAGGAGGAAUUAAGCCAGAGCAGCAGUGGAACCCAGGUGUCAAUUACCAGUGGUAUCUCGCUGGGAGAAGCAAUACGUCAGAAAUCUGCCGUUAAUGAGGGAAUGGAGUCAUGGUGUCAGCUUCCAGGAGAAGUGGAUGUCAGUCGUUUAACUGCUGCCUCAGAGACGAAACUUGGCCUGACUUGUGAUAGAAAUGACCUGACAGAGUUCUCUACACUGGAGGAAGGAGCGUUGCCUUCAGCAGAAGCAUCCGUAAGGCAGUAUACUGGAGAUGCAGCACAUGGCUUACUUCUGAAUAUUCAGGACAGUCGAUUCUCUCCGUGUCUUCCAUUGCUGAUGACAUAUUCGACACAAGGUCAAAAAAUUUUAGGUGAUACACUUUUCCAGCAAUCAGAAGUGGAUUUUAUUCCUUUAAGAGGAGUCCCUGAUAUUUCCAGUGCUUCCGAGGUGCAUUCCAAACCUUUGCAGAUCCGUGAAGCUGUGUGGCUGACUGACACUGAAAUACCUUCUGAUGCACUCAGUGACUGCCUUACUUUGUCCCAGCAUACUCUUCCAUUCAGAAAUGUGGAUCCUUGUGAUGUCAGUUGUAGUGGUCAUUUGUCUGAGCAGACUUCUUUUUCUGCACAGCUGCUUGUGGACAAGGAGGCAAAUGAAGACUGUAAAAGUGAUGAUAUUAAUGAGAAGGCAUUGUUCCCCCAAACAGGUGACAGUUUAGCACACUCAACUUCAAAUAAGAUGCUAACCAAGGCAAAUAGCCUGAAGCAAACUGAAGUUUCUCCUGGAAAGCAGACCUAUAAUAGUUCUGUAAAAGGUGAACGUUUCUGUCAGGACAACAAUGUACUAGUUCCUGUUCUUGAGCUUUCAGAGAAAAAAGAAAAGUUAUCAAGGCAUGAUGAAUUCUCCUCAUCUUCAGAAAACACUUGUAAAACAGCAUUGACAAAGACCUCUGAAAAAUGUGAAACAGAGAUACAAAUAGAAAAGGUAAAAAUGGCUGAGUGUGAGUCAGAAGGGUGGGUAAGGCAGAUAGAGAAGCUGGAAAAAAAAAGGAAAGUUCCUGAGCUUGGUUUCUCUAAUACGUUAUCUGAUGAUUUAAGGAAAGACAAUUGUAAAAGUUCAGAUACACGGGAUAUAUUUUCUGCAAAGAAUUCUGAAAUAUCCAGGUUAUCCAAGGAACAUGGUGCAGAUUUGAAUGAAUCUGGAAGCUUGAAGUUAAAGGAACUCCAAGAAGCUUUUCUAGCUCACGGAAAACAAUCAUCUUCUGCAAUAACAUUUGAGAAAGAGGAAUUUGUCCCUACUGUGACAGCUACCAGUGACUGUGUGCCUAAACAACUAGAUAUGACCAACAUGAAAGCUCUGUCUCCACGCAGCGAGAAAGAGAGUGCACGAGUAGAAAUAGAGCCUGGAGCAAGCAGGACUGAAUUAACUAUAUCAGAUCUUUCCAUAGAAAGAGGACAUAAAGUUACAGAUGUUUCCCCUUCAUUUAAUCUCCUUGUAGGUGAUGGUUCAUUCUCUGGACACUUAGCUCAUCCAAAAUAUCAAUCUACACCAGGGAUAUUUGUAAACAAAAACAUUAAGGUAGACGAACUGAGCAAAACCCCUCUCAACAAGUCAAAUAUUCAGGCCUCACUUUCAUGUUUAAAUGAAGAAACUUUAGGGAACUCAUCUACUAGUACACCUACUUCUUCUGUCGAGAAGCACCAGUGUACUUGGGAAGAGAAUAAUGAACAUUCUGAGCCCUUAAAACUGAAAUAUCCGCACACUGGAAGAUUCCAGUCUCUCCCAUCCCUUAGUUUCAUGGAGAAAGUAGGGGCUUGGAAUGUGAGCCAGGCAGAGAAGAUGUCCAGUUCAUUGCCUUUAUGUGACCCAACUGGAAUUUCUCCUAGAAGAAGAGCCUACAGUGCAAUUGUCGAUUCUUCAAACCGUAUUUUAUCAAACCGCAUUUUAUCAAUACAAAAUAGCAAUGGAGACCUCAAGGAAUGUGUUGCUGCUUCCUCUAGAGAGACUAUUUCAUUGGCAAAUUUGCCUUUUUAUAAUGAAAGCUUAGCGCUCGUCCAUCCUCUUACCAGAUCUCAGUCUGAUGACUCCCUGAGUGCUGCCAGUGGUAACCCCUCCCUGACUGAAGGUGUUCAGCCAGCAAAUGCAACACAGGCAGUGCAGCCAUUAGAAGAAAAGAAUGAUUUUUCAGAUGUGUCUGAAAAUAAAACAAGCAGUAGUAGUUCAGUAGGCUCCAUGUUACAGAAGUUUACAGCCAAGCGUGUUGUUACUGGAUCUAGUGAUGUUGUUGAAGGUAAAGGACAAAGUUCAGACCCAAAUUUUUUAAUUUCUAGUGAAAGAGUUGAUCAGCUCCUUAGAGAGGAUGGAAACUCUCCAGCUGAUGACAGAGAGAGUUGUGGUGGUCUUGAAAAUCAAAGACCAUCUCACAACCUAGAUAUUACUACUGGCCAUGUUACUAUGGACAAUUUCAGUGAUAUUUCCCCAGACAGUUUGAAUCUUCUUGCUGGUUCUGGUGGAAGUAGCCAGAUGGACUUGGGCUCUGCAGGGUGCUCUUCUGUGGUUUCUAGGCACAACUUCUUCAGCGCAGAAGAGGAUAACUUUAUCCCCUUUGGAAUAACCCCUUUGAAAACUCCAGAAAAAGAAGAGCUAAAUAUUGAAGAAAGAAUUCCAGUAUAUCUUCGCAACCUUGGCAUUGACCAGUCACCUGGAUCUAUACUGACUCCGUUUGUACCUCGAGGACCGAUCAGGGAAGUUGAAUUUUCCCCUUCAGAGCUUAGAACACUGAAGGACUCCACUGACACGCUUAGGAAGACGGCUCAGCAGCCACAAGAUGAAUUGCUGGCUGAAGUUGAUGCUACACAAACAAGUUUUAACUCUAGCACUUCCACUCUCAGUAUGUCUAUCCCAAUGGGUUCGGAAAUUGGCUCUGAUAUUCUGUUACCCAGUGAACUCUCUCCUUGCUUCUCAAGAUCUUCUGGAGACAGACCAGUGAGUCAGUGCAGUAUUUCAUGCCACCAACAGGAGCUGAAGCUAACUGCCUCCCAUUGUGUUGAAAGCAGAGCAGAACAUUUAGCUGUCUCCAAACCAGCUGAGCAAAAUCAGCUGCUCCAGACAGUCUUGUCUGACUGCUGUUCUGAUGGAGAGAGUGCUAAGCUUGCUACAAAACAUGUUCAAGAUCUGGUAGCUAAAAAUGAAUCAAAAGAUGCAAAUAGUAGCCUGCGGAGAUGGUCUGCAGGUUCUUUGAUUGGAGUUAAAAAAGAAAUGGAAGUUGAGAUAGGAUCACAACCUUCAAGUGUAGGUACCUCUGGUAAUGAGAGAAAUAAGGAUCAAGAAAGUGAUUCCUUGAUUGGAUCUGAUGCAUUGAAAGAAAUACGUAAGCUUUUAGCAGAGGCAGAGGAUGUAGCUGGUAGCUGGUGUGACCCUAUCAUUUCCACUGCCUCUUCUAGAGAAACUGUUGAUUCUUCUCCAGUGCUAAUUAAAAAGGAGGGUGGCCCCAAAGAUUCCAGGGUAGUGAAAGACAAUGUCCCUGAGUUUCGGAGGAUAUUUUCAUGGGAUGAAGCUAUGACCCGAAGAAGUAUGCAAGAAGAGGGGUCAGUAAUGAAGUCCCUGAAUUCUUACCAAGGCAGUAUGAGACGUGGAAGUUCUCUUGAUGUCAAUUUACAUGGCAGUGAAGAGAUGAUGAAAGAGAUGACCAAAGAGUUUAGGACUGGAAAAUCUGUAGGAAGGUCUGAGCCAGAAGGGUGCAGUAGUGCAACUACAGACAGAAACGCACCUGCUUUUGUGGCUGUUGUACAAAGUAAUGCAAGUAGUGAACUGAGCAGUGGAAAAAUUUCAGAGCUUGUGAAUCGUUCUCCAUCAGAGUCUCCAGGCUGUAUCACUGAUGCCCUAGGAAGCAUCCAGAGUGCCUUGGCUAAAGCUAGUGUAGCUGGCAGCAAGAAGGGAGGAAUUCAAGAGAAUGAUAACAGUAGCAGUGGAGAUUCACUAGCUGCCCAUGUCAAAAACCUUCUCAGAAAUGGAUCACCUGUGACACAGGCCAGCCAAAUUUUAAGAAGUGCAGAGGAAGAGGAGAGGAAAGCACGAGCAUGGGUCAAGCUAAAACUGGCUAGCCGAUCUCAGGAAUCUUUGUCAGACCUGACUGAAGAGGACCGACGAAGAAUAGAGGAGAUCAAGGUAGAGCUGCUUCUGAGUGCCAGGAAAUCUGGAGUAGCCAAGGAUCUAAAGGGAUGCACUUUGGAAGCUGCUUCUGAGUAUAACCGUAGUCAGGAACAGGACGUAGAGCACUCCAGAGCUUCAAGCAACAAAAAGUUUCAUGUUGACAGCCUUACACAAGUCUUUAGGACUAAGGAGCCUUCCGAGUCAAUAUAUAGGGCCGAUCCCUUUGAUUAUGACCUACAGAGGAAUACACAGUUUAAAUCUCUGAGUACUGUUCGAACACCUCUCUGCAGCCAGUAUCAGACAGUUGCAACUAGUCAUUCCGAUGCCAGCAUUGAACAUCAUGCACCAUUGCAAAAAGAAUGGGACACACAUGUAAUUGAAUUUCCAGCUGCUUCUGAUACACAAAUGGCAGAAAUGCAUUUACCAUCUCGGAAGAAACUGUCUAUGGAAGAGUCUUCUGAAGAAAUUGCUAAGCAAAUUACAUCUAUUACCUUUUCAUCCCGUAAACGUUCUCAGUCACUACUGAAUUCCAUGAUACUCGGCAGCAGCUUUACUGGAGAUGCUCUUGAUGGGAUAAUGCCUUUGGUGACUGGCUGUGCUAGUGCUGAGGAGCAGGGCCGUGAUAAACAACAUUGGCAGAGGUCUAAGAUCUGUCCUCCUUCAAGUCCAGUGGUUGCUGGUUCACUAUCUAAUGAGAUUACAUUUACUGCUGACAAAGACAGGUUUCAUCAUGUUUCUGCUGACAGUAGCAGAAUGGGGUCUUACCAAGAAGAUUUUCUGUCAGAUCAGGAUUCUGUAAGCAUCCGUGAUGAUGAGGAACAGACCUAUUCUGCAAAAAAAAUUGAGGAAAUUCUGCCUCGAGAUGCAACUGAAUUAGAUGGACGUAGUGCCAGAUUCAUGGGGGCUGACUGUGGUGUAAGAUUUAGUCAAGAUAGGAAUAGACUUCAUGAACCCCAUUCUGUGAGCUCAUAUCAGGGAAAGAGUAGCUCACCCAGAUACUUACAAUUUUAUGAGAAUUUAGAAGGUCUAGGUCCAACUGUACAAACAGAUUUGCAAGAAGAUCAUGCUAGUUUCUUAGAAAAAGAGAAAAAAAAUCCUUCUGAUAAAGUCUCUCUCAUUCAGAAAGAGGUUGCUAAAGAGCAAAUCAGUGUGUCUUGCCUUUCAUCUCCAAAUCAGGUUUUAUCUACCACAUCUGUAUAUCCUACAUCACCAACUAAGAAAGUACUGUCUUGUGUCCAUAUAACUCUUUCCCCAACGUCUAAUAACUCAGAGCCGUGCAGUGACUUAAAUACUGAAAAUGAGACGAGAUUGGGGAACAAGCUUGAAGUUCAAACUCAGCCAGUGUCUUUGAAAACUCCAGAAAUCUUAUUAGAAGCUGUUUCUAAAUUAUCAGCUAGUGACCCUAUUCCAGCAGAUCAAGGAUCUUCCUCUUGUCCAGUGCUGGUAUCUUCAGCAGAUUCCUGCCUUGAGCUUUCCUCUGUUCCAAGCGCAGCAGAGCAAGAGCUAAAACCUCUGCUUCAGCAAAGCUGUGAGAGAUCACAGGGUGCUGUUCUGGGUUUAGGGGAAUGUAAUCUGAAGAAUAAGUUCAGCUCUGUAGUUUCUGACAAAAAAGAGAAAAUGACUUCUGAUGCUACGACUCAGAUAACAACAGAAAGUCCUGAAAAAACAACAUUUUCAGCAGAAAUUAAUGUUAAUUCACAAGACAGUGAAAAUACUCUACAGCAAUCAUCUGUCCAAAAAGCACGUGAAGUCUCCAAUUGUACCACCUCAUCCCUUAACAGGAUUUUUUCUCUUCCAAGGCAGAGUGGUCAGCCGUUAUUGCUGCCAUAUAAACCUUCUGGAAGUACUGAGAUGUAUUAUGUUCCUUAUCCAAAGGCAGGAUCCAAAACAUCUCCAGUUGCAUCAGAAGUGGCUGUUGAGAGCUCGCACUCAGGAUCAAAUGAUGCUAUUCCUCCAAGGUUUCCAGCAGAUGUACUUGGCUUAACGGAUGAUAAUCCUCCAGACAGUACAGCAACUAAGGAAAAAGAAGGAAUCUAUAGUAAGAGGGUGAAGCCCAAGCUAGCCUGGACUGACGAGAAAAUGAUACCUGUAGAGGUAGCUCCAGAAUGCACAAAUGAUUUGAAAUCUGUAAAAGCCACUCAUUCCACCUUCAGAUCAGCACAGUUCUACCUUCAUCCUCCAAUGCCUAUGUAUGACAGCGAGCUCUCAGAGGAGUAUUCUGAUACUGGACGUGCUAGACCUUCCUCAAAUGUUUUCUUCCAGAACUGGAAAUAUGCAGAUCAUGAUCAACGUGUUUUCUCUGCUCAUCAUAGGAAGAACGGUGAAAGUGAAUUCUUCCCACUAACUGCAGAAGCAGAUUACAGCAAGAAUGAGGAUAUAAGAAUUAGUACAUCUAUGGGGAAUGGAACUUCAGGGAAGAAGCUAUUUCAAUGUAGCAGAAAAGAAGCAGAACAGAAGGAGGCUAGAAAUUAUCACUUACCAUGCAGCCAAAUGACUCGCUUUAAUGAGAGUUUGGAGACAGACCUGCCAGUGAAACAGAGAACCCAUUCCACUGAUAGCUUAGAUGACCUCUGGACUAAGUUUUUGGAGCGCCAGAAGAGACACCAGCACCAUGAUUUUAGGAGUAAUGAUGAACUAUCCCUUAUUGAACGCCUUGAUCGGUUGGCUAGAGUCCUUCAGACUCCCAUUAAGUAUACGCUGAUACCUAAAAAACCUGAGAAGAAUGUUUCUGAAGACCAAAUUAAGGGAAGAAAGCAGAAGAAAAUAUGGUGUCAGGAAAAAAACGCAUGUGAAAGUAUCUUAGAGCCUAAUGCAGCAUAUGGUGAAGAAAGACCACUUAUCAACCAUGAUAAAAAUAGCUUUGCUGAGUUCAGGAAAAAUAGGGCAGGAGAGAAGACUGUCUGUCACAUAAAUAAAAUUUUGGGGCACCAGCAGUACUUGGAAACUCUUAGUGACGUUUCCUCAGAUACAAGACUUAGUAAAGAUCACAGCACUGUGAUCAGUUCUGUCACCUCUGAAUCUGAUGUGGUGACCCAAACAGAAAUGGAAACUGCUACUCAGGCUGAGGUGAGCAGUUCCAUUUCCACCAUUGACACUGCCAGGCUGAUCAGGGCUUUCGGGCAUGAAAGAGUGCGUGUGUCACCAAGGCUUUCCCAACUCUAUUGUACCAUCAGUCAGCAGAAAAAUCGCUCUGAAAAGUGGGACAAGUGGAGCAGCAAAGCAAUGGAUGUGAAAUACCCUAAGGUGGCUCCUGAGAGACACAGGAAAAGGAAAGAGAUCCAGAAGGCAGCUUCUCUUUCACCAGAUCCGGCUUCUACUAGCAGCGGUUCUUGGGGGCCAAGCUGUGCUCUUAGUAACAAGCGACGGAUACGGAUGUUAAACAAGGCUAUCCAAGCAGGAGACUUGGAGAUUGUGAACAGCGCAACUAAAAAAAACACUCGAGAUGUUGGUGUGACUUUUCCAACUCCAAGGUCUAGCCAGCCAAAUCUACGGCCACGGGAACCCUGGCAUUGUGUCGAAGAUGUUUUCAGAGAGUCAGAUGGAACGGUCACGGAUCAUCAGGUACCGGGAAACAAGGGUAAACAGAAGGGACAGCUGGGCAAUCUUCUCAUGGAGAAAAAGAUGAAAAGGAGCAGGCUGCAUUUGCCACAAGGAAUUUCUUGGCUUGUUCCAGCAGAGGAUUUGAAAUCUGAAUCUAAGAAAGAAAACUGUUCCAAUUCCUUUUCUGGUCCUGGUCCAUCUUGGUUUGAACCACUGACCAGCACAAAGCCCUGGAGGGAGCCUCUCCGAGAGAAGAAUGGGCAAGAGCAGCAGCUUAGCAGCUUGGUUCAAGCAGUGGUUGCGGAAAGAGAUGCUGAAAACAAAUCCCCACGGCCAUUUGUGAAGCUGACGCUACAGGAGGCCCUUGCAUUGCAUCGCCCUGAUUUCAUCUCCCGCUCUGGAGAGCGUGUAAAGCAUCUGAAACUUGUAAUGGAGGAAAGACGGAUGCAGAGUGUAUUGCAGUGUGAACGAGAACACCUAUUUAAUCCUCCUGAGGAAAAAAAGGGCUAUAGAAAUGCAAGUUGCAUACUGUCUGAAAGAGGCUAUCUGAUUAGACAAAAGAGAAGAACAAUUCCAAAGAGUGAAAUGAUUCAAAGAUCCAAAAGAGGUAAUGCGGACAGAAACGUUUUUAGAAAAGAUGGCCUUCUAAAAGCAGCUGCAGACAGAGUAGGAAAGCAGGGAUACGCAGGAAGGAUAUAUGAGCAGCUACCAGAAGUGCAGAAGAAGCGAGAGGAAGAGAAGAGAAAAUCAGAAUACAACUCAUAUCGGCUAAAAGCACAGCUUUACAAAAUGAAAAUCACCAAUCAUGUCUUAGGAAGGAAAGCACCUUGGAACUGAUAAGAAUUUCAUAUUCAGACAAGAGUGUAUUGUGCUUAGUAAAUAUACAGUGUCUUCCUCUGUAAAGGAGAUUGUGAAGCAGAUAAUGCAGUAAACACUUGUGCAACGUAUGCUUUGUGGUGUUUGAUAGUGUCAUUUUUGUACUACUAUAAUCUAGCCAUAUUUAUAAAGUGCUUUAAGGAUCAGAGAUUUAAUGUGAAUGAAAGUCUUUUUAAGUAAAUGGCUAUUGUUUGUAAUGUUGUUGUGCACAUCCGAGCAAAUGAGAUUUGGAAGUGUUUUGUUCAUGAUAUGUUUAUAAUUACCUGACUGGAAUAACUGUUUUAUAUAUUUAUUAUGAAUUGU